AUGUAUCCGUUUUCCAGCAGAGUCUACAGGCCGCGCACUCCACGCACUCCGCGUACGCGCAAGACUACCACCAGGAUGGAUCCUGACUGUGCUAUAUGUCACGCUCCUGCCUCUGCAGUUUGCGACUGCGAGGCCAAGGGGCUGGAUGUUGCCAUAAAACAGGCCGAGCAGCGAAUGAUGCAGUCAAUAUACAACGAUAUUCGCUGGGUUCGGGCUCACGCGCAAGACUACAUCCUGGAGUAUUUUCGCCUUCUCACCGAGCGCCGAAAGGCAGCUCAUGCCGCCAACAUCGAACGCAUUAACGCUACCGCAUACCAUUACUACCAUGCUCCGCCCCAUCCCAGCGAGCUUGCCCAGGCGCAGGCUACCUUGAAGCAUGGCAUUGACGAGGAUUGGCAAUCCAGUGUUCAGCGAUAUCCCGAGGUCCUCGAAUAUUUCUUCAGCCUGGUCGAGCUGAACGUCCCUCCCGAUGAUGAUCCUUUCGUCAAGGAUCCCCCAUUGAGCGCCCUCAGUGGCGGGUCCAAGAAUAGAUCUGGAAGAAGAAUUGGAGGAGGGGGACCUCCUCCAGGCGGGCCUCCAGCCAUUGCUGCGCCCGGCGGUCAUGACAGAGAUCCGUUUGCAAGCAUGACACCACCCCCUAUGGAGAUGCCUGGCAGAAUGGACAGGAGGGUACCGGCCUUGAGGGAAAGAGAAAGAAGGUCAAUGCCACCCAUGGGGCAGCCCAUGGGACACCCCGGACCACCGCCUGGAUAUGGACGAACCGCACCUCCGCCUCCGGGUCAAUACUACGGAUGGGUGGGAUGA